AGAGAGAGAGAGGGCGACAGAGAGAGAGAGAGAGAGAGGGACCUUCCUUGGGGCGUCGAGGAUCUGUGAAACGAACGGCUCCACGGGUCAACGGGUAAAACGCUAACGCCUCGCAAGAUCCCCACGUAAUAAACGACGCGGUAGGUAGCUGCGAACGAGGCCGGGAAGUCGUCGAGGAGCGGUUGCGCAAAGGUAAACACGGGAUGGCAACGAUGCGCGUGCACGAGGACCAAGAGAAUCGUCGGGUUGGGCUGAAGGAGAACGUUAUCGCUGUCGGUCAGCAACAGCCUCAGCAACAAAACAAGCGAGCUGUUCUUGGAGUGCUCUCCAAUAAUUUCGUGAGGAACGCCAAGCCUGAGAUAUGCAAAGAUGAAAAAUACAGCAAAGCAAAAACUAAUUUUGUUCCUCCAAUUGUUGAACCCUUUACCAUUUAUGAAGAAAAAAAAGAAGAGCCGACGUUUCAAAUAUACGAAGACAAAUUACAAACGGAGUCUUCUAUUGUAUUAAGAGAUUCGCAAGAAAGUAAAAAAAUUGAAGUCAAACAAAUAACAGAAUUCAAAGUUACUGUUGAAAAAGAAAAACCAACAUUAGAAUUUAAUCCUGCUAUUAAAAAUGUUGUUGAAUCAUAUCGACCUGUUCUUCAAGACGUUGAAGAGAUAAAACAAAAAGAUGUAAUAAUACCUAAGGACAGUCCAAUAUCUUCAGAUAGAUCAGUAAUUUUAAUAAAAUCAGAAAAGAAAGACUUAAGAACCAAGAGGGAUGUUUGCAAAAUAGGCAGAGCAAACUUUUAUGACGUUGACGAGUAUAGGUCUGAUAUUUACAAUUACUUCAAAAGUAUUGAAGUGUUACAUAGACCAAAACCAGGGUACAUGAAGAAGCAACCGGAUAUUAAUUAUUCCAUGCGAACUAUCUUAGUAGAUUGGUUAGUCGAAGUGGCCGAGGAAUAUCAUUUACAUACCGAGACAUUGUACUUGGCUGUUUCUUAUAUAGACCGAUUUUUGUCUUAUAUGAGUGUAGUACGAGCUAAGUUGCAGCUUGUUGGUACUGCUGCCAUGUUUAUUGCCGCGAAAUACGAAGAAAUAUACCCACCAGAAGUUAGCGAAUUUGUAUACAUUACGGAUGAUACCUAUACAAAGAAGCAAGUUAUAAGGAUGGAACAUUUAAUCUUAAGAGUAUUAUCAUUCGAUCUUAUUAUACCGACUCCUCUUGCUUUCCUAAUGGAGUACUGUUUGAGUAAUAAUCUCUCAGAAAAGACUCAGUAUUUAGCAAUGUAUUUGUGUGAGCUGUCUUUAUUGGAAGCCGAUCCAUAUUUGCAAUAUUUACCGAGUCAUUUAGCGGCAUCAGCAAUUGCACUGGCUAGACAUACAUUGAGAGAAGAAGUCUGGCCCCAUGAAUUUGAGUUAUCAUCGGGGUAUAGUUUUCAAGAUCUUAAGGUAUGCAUUACUUGCCUCCAUAAGUCAUUUAAAAAUGCACCAAACUUGUCCCAGCAAGCGAUACAAGAAAAGUACAAAACUAAAAAGUACGGGCAUGUUGCGCUCCUUUUACCUCGAAGCAGCGAACCCUUUGAGUGCGAAGACUCUGAAAGUGCCUAAGUUAAAUUAAAAUAGUCCAAAUUUUAAUGAAAUAAACAUCACUCGUCUAUUAUCAACAUGUAACGAACCUCCAAUCAGGAACCCCUUGUUCUAUGAAGAAUUAUUAGGAGGGGAUUUGGGCAAGACUGAAGGACUGUUUCUUUUUUAGCAAAAGAAUAGUGCUUAAUAAUUAGCACCUCGAUAGUCAUCCAGGUCGAUCGUUCUAUGCGCGACCAAUUACAUGAUACAAUAUCGUUCUGUACUUUGGGGAUUAUCUCCAUUUGCUAGAUUUACGUGUGUAGGUGUCGAUGCAAAUUUUAGGUCUUUUAAAGAACUCCAUCAUUACAUUAACGAGGAGAGACUAAUGUAAUUUAAAAUUUGUUGGUACUUUUUCACAAUUUACUUUUCCGAGUUUCAAGUCAAUGAUUGAUAAUUACAUACUGGAAAGCAUAUAACUAAAAACUUACAUAAGUAAUCUUUGACAAUUAUAAUACGAAAAAACAAUGUAUGUUUAUAUUUAUACUUGACACUAAGA